UGGCUAAAAAAAAGAAAAGAGCAUGGAAAGAGUCAUGGCCAAGAAAAGAGAGAGGAGGGGAGCGGAAGCCGGGAAGACUGAGCGGAGGAGCGACUGGUAGCUAAUUUGGGCGCGUGAAGCUCUCCCGGCCUCUCACCGUCGUCCACCCCCCGUACGUGGUGCAGCCAGCAUGUGUAUAUGUAUCUAUAUAUAUAAAGCCCACCUCCUUCAUCCUCACAACGCAAUACAAUCUCUUCUCUCCUCCUGCCAGCUUACAAGCCAACCAACGCAGCGCAAUGGCGGCGGUGCAGCAGUACACGGUGGCGCUCUUCCUCGCCGUCGCCGUCGCCCUCGUGGCGGGGCCGGCCGUCUCCUACGCCGCCUACGCCCCCGGCGCCCCGGCCACCCCCGCCGCCCCAGGGACCCAGCCCAAGGCGACGACUCCGGAGCAGAAGCUGAUGGAGGAUAUCAACAACGGCUUCAAGGCGGCCGUGGCGGCCGCAGCCGCCGUCCCUCCGGCCGACAAGUACAAGACGUUCGAGGCCACCUUCAGCGCGGCCUCUAACAAGGCUUUCGCAGAUGUCCUCAAGGCCGCCGCCUCCGGCCAGAUGCCCGCCCAGUCAGCCUCCAUGGCCUCACUCUCCAAGAGCCUCGAAGCCUCCUACAAGCUCGCCUACGACAAAGCCCAGGGCGCCACCCCCGAGACCAAGUACGACACCUACGUCGCCAGUCUCACCGAGUCGCUCCGCGUCAUCUCCGGCGCCUUCGAGGUCCACUCCGUCAAGCCCGCCGCCGAGGAGGUCAAGGGGAUCCCCGCCCCCCAGCUCAAGACCAUCGACCAGAUCGACGCCGCCUACAGGACCGCCGCCACCGCCGCCGACGCUGCCCCGGUCAACGACAAGUUCACCGUCUUCGAGUCCGCCUUCAACAAGGCCAUCAAGGAGACCACGGGCGGCGCAUACGACAACUACAAGUUCGUCCCCGCCCUUGAGUCCGCCGUCAAGCAGGCCUACGCCGCCACCGUCGCCUCCGCGCCCGAGGUAAAGUACGCCGUCUUUCAGGCCGCCCUGAGCAAGGCCAUCAAUGCCAUGGUUGAAGCCGAGAAGGAUGCCAGCGCCGCCACUGCCGGUGGCUACAAAGCCUGAGCUCGCCAACAACACACAUCCAUCACGCACACAUACUAUGCUGUGUAUGUAUGUAGUACGUACGUGUGUGGCCUUGGCGGCCAGGGAUUUUCCUGAUGCUUCCUUCUUGGUUUUCGUUUCAUGCAUGCAGCCGCGAUCGACCGUGUGUGCAUGUGCCUGUAAUAAUAACAAAAUCUUUGUAAUCUUUUUCUAUGAAUUUGUAAUCCCCAUGACAAGCGGGAUCAAAUCCGCAUAUUGUAUAGGGCAGUGAUCUGCGCCGGUGCGCCGGCCCAACUGUUAGGCGAGUCGUAUCUGAAACGUUAGUUUGUCUUUUGCACACCGUCAGAUCAGCCUUUGAAUCGUUUUUUUUCUCAAUAGAAAAUCGUGUCCAAUUCAAAACAACUAUUUCGUGCUGGACACCCCGCCAUGGACUCUCCGAGGGCUGACCUUGAAGCAUCACCAGCUCGCCGCCGGUCGCCGUCCUUGCUGCCGGCCGCCGUCCAUCUUAGUCGUCGCCGUCGUAGCACCGCCAUGCCGUGGCUGCAGCUCCUGGUGUCGCCGGGAGCCACCAUGCCAUGGUUGAAGCCUUUUUCACACAACGGUUGAAGCUUUUUUCAUGCAUAGUUCCUGCUUUUGCACUUGCGUCAUGGCCGGUCCCAAAUUCCAUCACCUUUGAUGGGGUAGUAGCAAAAAUAAAAGACGGUGGUAGCAAAAUACAAAGACCAUUGUAGCAAAACUUAAAGUGGUUCCAGCAAAAAUAAGAUGGAUCCAACAAAAAUUC